UUGCUCGUCCUCGUCGAGUCCCACUGCAGAGUUGCCGACUUCCGGAAAACAUCCCACAACCGAGUGGCACUUAUGGCUGAAUCCAAGCCGCAGCGGGGCUUCCCGCGUCUCCGCCGCGCCGCGACAUCAUUUCCUGGCAACCUGCAUUUGGUGUUGGUCCUCCACCCCUCUACCUUGCUAAGCUCCACCCCCAGCCCAUCCUCCAGCACCGACCUGGGCUUCCGCUUCAGCCAGGAUGACUUCCUGUUCAAGAUGCCGGUGGUGAUGCUGCGUUCGGUGGGCGACCUGCUUCGCUACAUCGACGACAACCGCCUGACCUCGGAGGCGUGCGGCGGAGCCGAGCGCCGUCAAAGCGACUGGAUCGUUCUGCGCUCGGCCAUCGAGACGUUCGCCGUGACGGUAAAGGAGGUGGCUCACCUUCUGCAAGGCUUCGGCUCCGAGGUGUCGGACAGCGAACUUCCGGACGAGGCCAACGCCAUCGACUUCCUGCUCCGCUCGCACACGCAGCGCUACCGACACAUGAAGGAGGACAUUGUCGGGGUGCUGAAGGAAGGACGCAUCCUGCUGGACAAUCUGGAGACGCUGCAAGCCUCCAAGAAUGAUUCGGCAGAAGACCGCGAAGAUAUCCAGUCAGACUUGGACACGGUUCAAAGGCUGCUGUCUCAGCUGCGCGACAUGGAGGAGGCCUUUGAUGGCUUCUUUGAGAAACAUCACCUGAAGAUGCAACAGUACCAUCAGCUACUGCUUUAUGAGCGCAACUUCCAGCAGAUGGAGGAGGAGCUGGAGAAGAUGUCGGCCGAGGAGAAGGCCAUCCCCGCCGUGGGCCACACGUUGCUGCACACUGAGCAACUCAUCAAAGAUCUGCACGCUCUGGAGCAACGCGCACAGGAGGUGAUGUCCCGCGCUCAGGUCCUGACGUUACAGGGCCACCAGCUGGCCGCUUGCCAUCAUUACGCGCUGGCCCUCAUCAUGCAGCGCUGCAAUGAGUUGCGUCAUCACUGUGAUGUCAUCAGCGGGGGCCUCCGCGGCAAACGCGCAACGCUCACACGAGCGAGAGACUUGCUCGUACGGCUGGACCAUGCUCUGCGCUGGUGUGACGAGGGCGCGUACCUGCUGGCCAGUCAGACGGCGGAGCGCUUCCAGAGCCGCGAGGGGGCUCAGGAAGCCCUGCGGUACCUCAGCUGCCACCAAGAGAGGGCGCCAGACGUGGCAGACCACAAAAGAGACGUCCUCAGUUUGGAGUUUGAGGCCAUUCUCACGCCUCAGCUGCAGUGUCAGAUCUCCAUGGUGGCGGACAAGCUGUCAUCAGUGCGGACCAUGAUCCAAAACCGGGAGCGGUAUCUUCGUAAAAUGACCGACGUGAGGGUCAUACCCAUCCAGCCGGUGGCGCCACGUCCUGAAGUGGAAGCGACGGUGCAGCAAGGAGCCAAGGCACCGCCCUUCUCGCCCAAACACAGUGUGGACUUCAACCUUCUCAACGCCAGGUUCUCCUUUGAUCUUCUUCCUGGAAAGAGGACCUCCAGGCGGAGCGGUGACCAACGAAAGAUCGAAGUGAUGCACGACUACCAAGGGAACCGCAGCUCUCUGUACGGCUCCGCCCCCACCAGCGACUCUGAGGCGGAAGAAGGGGUGGAGCAAGUGACAAGCCACAUCAUGAAGGAGCUCAUCUCCACCGAGAAGAUUUACGUGGAGCAGCUCCUGGCCGUUCUUCUGGGCUACCGAGCCGAGAUGGAGGACCCGUCCGUGUGUCAUCUUCUGCCACCGCCUCUCCGUGGUCACCAGGACGUCCUUUUUGGAAACAUGCCAGAAAUCUACCAAUUUCACAGCAGAACCUUCCUGCAGGACCUCCAGCGCUGCCUGAGCACUCCGGAGCAGGUCGGCCAGUGUUUCCUGCGGCGGAAGGCGAAGUUCCAGAUGUACGAGCAUUACUGCCAGAACAAGCCACGCUCCGAGUCGCUAUGGAAAGAGUGCUGUGACUCCGCCUUCUUCCAGGAGUGCCAGAAGAAGCUGGAGCACAAGCUGCCUCUGGACUCGUACCUCCUGAAACCCAUCCAGCGUCUCACCAAGUACCAGCUGAUCCUGAAGGAGCUUCUCAAACACUGCACAGAGCCGCAGUACCGCUCGCAACUGCAGGAGGCGCUGGACUGCAUGCUCGACCUGCUCAAGUCCGUCAACGACUCCAUGCACCAGACCGCCAUCAUCGGAUACCAGGGUGAGUUGGGCCUCCUGGGCCGCGUGGUUCUGCAGGGCAGCUUCAGCGUGUGGAGCAGCCACAAGAGGGCGGCGGCCCGCAUGCGGGAGCUGGCCCGCUUCAAAGGUGCCCAGCGCCACGUCUUCCUCUACGAGCGAGCGCUGGUGUGCUGCAAGCGCCGCGACGACCGCCAAGGCUCGCCCGUCUACAGCUUCAAGUCCUGCCUCGGUAUGAAUUCAGUGAGCGUGACAGAAACGGUGAAAGGAGACCCCAAGAAGUUUGAAGUCUGCCACAGAGGAAGCCAGGAAGUCUACAUCCUGCAGGCUCCCAGCGUGGAGGUGAAGGUCGCCUGGCUCACAGAGAUCCAAAAGCUCAUCAGUCAACUGCACAAAGACAGCCUCAUCUCGGACAGCUCUUCCGCCUCCAGCCCCGCCCACCCCAACAGAUGGGAGGACUCUGUGAACACCAGCCACGCCCAUUCGGACCCUCUGGGAUUCUCGUCCCGACGCGCCUGGUCAGCAUCUGCACACUCGGCGGCCAUCUGCGACGGCUUGGAGGACUGGGGCGCCACGGACGGCUCAGACAUGUCCGAUUCAGAAGAAGAGGUCAACGCAGGGGAAGAGGAUCGACCCCCGACGCUAGUAGCGGGUCGCUAUCGAGUCCUGGUGGCCAGCACCGUGUCGAGCCACGAUGACAUCAUCUUCACGUGCGGCGAUGUCAUCCAGCUGCUACGCCGCGAUGAAAAUGGAAUGUGGUUGGUGAGGAACGAGAGUCGCGCCGAAGAGGGGCUUGUCCUGCCCUCAGACCUGCAUAGGAUUCUGGGAGAGACGUGUUGAGAGCUAAUCGGAGAGGCAACGUCUUCCUCACGGCGACGUAGCAGAAAAGCACAACAUCAGCGCUUCCUCCAUCAUCGUCAUCACCAACGUCACGUGCCAAAUUGCUUGGCCAAACCUUAGCGUAGAACGUUAGCGUAGCAUGGCAGCGCAACGCCUCUCCACGCACAUGAAGUCAAUCGUAGAAGAAUGUCAGAAGUGCCUUACAUGUGACGACCAGCCUGUCGAGAAGCUUGAUGUCCACGAGCGAUGACAUCAUCAGUGGCUUUCGGAUUCAACGCUGCGCCCUUUAGCGCUUUGUUGUCUUUUUCAAAGCUCAUGUUGUGAUUUUCAAUUGUGUGCAGGACUUGGGUUGAGUCACGUUUGUUUCAAAAGUGCUGAGUUGGACAUUCACAAUUAAAAGCACACAAAUCAC